GAAUUCCAUUGUUACCUCUCGCCUCAAGCGUAACUCGUUGGGACAGCAUAAGGCUGCUAUAUCGUUGGACGCAUCCCGUCUCAUGGUUUUACCUCCUGAUAGCCCUGAUCGACCUGCAUCCAGUUCAGGAGUCCCUCUCAUCGAUACAAGACUCAGAUCUCCGAGCCCGGGCUUAGGACCUAAGCCUUCACCACUGUUACUCCGGGAAGACACCGUUGAUUUUUCAGCGGACCCUGAGGAAGAAUCGUUAAUACUACAGACGACUACAUCAAUAAAGUCUCUCGAGAUGGAUUCGGGUCGUCACGGGAAGUCCGUAUACAGCUACUCUAGAUCAAACCGCAAUGCCCUCGAAGAUGCCAGCAGUAGAAAACGCACCGAAACGGCGACGGAGUCGGUAAAACAUAAGAGGGCUGACGGGAAACACCGCUGGUUGUCUCAGCUCAAGGGCUGGGUUUCCGUGUCGGAGCCUUCAACCCAAGCCCUGAAACAAUAUAAGAAGGAAACAUACGAAAAGGCUCACAUCGCUCUUGAUGACCCCCAAGCAAACGCAAAGCUUCACUUACCAAUUGGGACGCUGCCCCAAGAUGCUAUAAAGCCGGCUGGUCGGGGUCCUGAUCCGGAGGAUAUUGCUAUGAGGCAAACAGAGCAACGGAAGAAAAUGAGACUUUCGGACAAUCGAAUGGGCAGUACAUCUCAGGGCUCUAGAUCGAGUAUUAGUCGCUAUUCAUCUUCCAGUAGUACCAUAUUUAGUGGUGGAAAGGAAAAUGGUUCACUAUAACCGGAGGUAGGAGGGUACACACUGUCUGUGACUUUACUUGAUUUUUAAUUUCGGUUUUUGUCAAUCUGCGAAAUCCCAAAUAGGACCUCUCAGCUAAAUGCGUCACGCCUAUUACCAUACUUAGGAGCUAGACUUAAUUUUGGAGGAGGUGGA